GCCCUCGAACCCGAACCUCCCGCCACAGCUCCUCGUUGUCGUCCGAAAGCUCAGGGAGAGAAUUGUAGAUGAAUCAGAGCCUAAAAAAACAGAGUGGGUAGUCGAAGACAAUUUACGAUUGAUGUUUGCGAGAGCUAGAGUGGAGAAUAUGACUUAUGAGCAAGCUUCUAGAAUGAUCGUCAACAACUCACGCUGGCGGGGUUACGGAGACCCUGAUUUUAUUCGCGCUACGUUCCCCAAACCGGCCGCUGACGAGGAUCGGAAGCCAAGCUUUAUUAGCAAAGAGGAUUGGAGUUUCCUCAUCAAACACGUCGCUGCCUUACAUCUAGACCUUAAAAGGUCGCAAGGAUGGGUAGCCGCACAACAAGAUCAGGAUGGAAACCUCAGAAUCUGGGGCCCAAGCUCGAUGUAACGAGAAGUAUCAAUGCCUUGACUUCCAGCCUCAGCAAGCCGUUGUGAUUAUUGGACAUCAUCAAUUGUUGUUACACCGUAACGAACAGAACCGCACGUAACAAUCAUUACAAC